AAAAAUCUUCUUAUGCAAUGCUAUCGAGAACUGAAUGUUGAGAAUAUACUGUACUGAUAAUUCGGCCUUGAAUUGACCAACAAUCUACCUUUAUCGAUCUUAUACGCCGCUAAGUGCCUCUUUCACAAGGGUCAGAUAUAUGGACCACUUAGAAACGCCCUACUAUCUACAAUCUUCUCCACCAAGGGGACCUAUUCAAGAGUCUGAGUCACUACAUAUAUCUCAUCUCAAUGAUUCAGAAAUUCGCCCCGAUGAUAGUCAGCCGUCGUCUGCUUUGAAUGCAUUCAAUAACUUCAAUCUCUCGUCUGAUGGAGGAUGGCCUUUUUGGAUACCUUAUGACAACGCUGAGUCACCAGAGGUGCUUCAGCUUCAUGGAGAGGAUGCAGCUGAAGCAUUACAAAGAACAAAUCAAGAAGGCCUAUAUUAUACACACUUAUUGUCAGGCACUAUUAAUCAACCUACGCCUCGGAGGGGAUUAAGUAAUGUCUCGCAAUGGCUAGAUGGCGCAUAUAACCCUCCAGUCCCCUGUACUUACUGCCGGAAGCAUCGUCUGCAGUGCCUCAUAAUAAGGACCACGCCUGCCAAUCCGAAUCCGGUCACAUCAUGUUCAAGCUGCGUUGCUCUAUUUCGGGAGUGCAGUCUUGCCCAGGGAGAAAAGCGCCACCCGUCCGAGUUUGAAACCUUAUCUCCUGUGUUGGGUCACCUCCAUGGCGUUCCUGAGCACACGGAAGAUGCACAGGAAAAGGGAAACCCUAACAACGACAUAGAGACCCCGGCAAAGGGAAAAGAACCCAAACAUUUUGUGCGAAAGGGUGCCAGAAUUCUCAAGGAAUGGUUCCACGAGCACGAGGAAUAUCCCUACCCUUCUGAAGAAGAAUCCUCUCAUCUAUCACAGCGAACCGGCUUUACCAAAAAGAGGAUAUCCACUUGGUUUGCCAAUGCUCGUCGGCGUCAGAAGCAAAAGAUUCAGUGUUUAUCAAAGCCGCGGGUCUUUCGUGCUGGAUCCCCUAUGCCUACUAGCAAAUUGGCUUCAAUGACUCCCAUUGAACGAUGGCGCAUGUCUCCACCGGAAGAUGAGCCAGCUCCAGAGUCAGCCAUCCAGAGGGCUAUUUCCUCCUCCGCCUCGGAAUCUGACCAUUGUAUUGACCCGUCCCUACUUGACCUCUCCCUGAUGGAUCCAUCUUCUCUCGAUGAGGCGUCCUCGGAUCUUGCUUCCUCUGUCUCCAGCUUGGGAGGCAGACUUUCAGACGCUUCAUCGUCAAGUCUCUCAUCGGCAUGGAGUUAUAACUCCUCCCAGGACCAAAUACUACCGUUUCCUUUACCUGCUCGCGGAUCACGUUCUAUACGACGGCGAGAACGGCAGCGACAGGUGGGAAAAGAAAACCAAUACCAGUGUACAUUUUGUGUUCAAUCCUUCAAAAAAAAACACGACUGGUGUAGGCAUGAGAAGAGUGUCCAUCUCUCCCUCGAAUCUUGGGUCUGCACACCCGAUCUCUAUGAACUUCAACCUUCCAUUCCCCAACCAUCUGUGUGCCGAUAUUGCGAUACUUUAUCACCCAGUCAUGAUCACUGGGAACAGCAUGAAUUCUACGUCUGCUCCCAAAAGCCAGUAGCAGAGCGAUCAUUCAGGCGCAAGGAUUAUCUGUGGCAGCAUUUGCGAAAGUUUCACGGCUGCACCAAACCUCCUGUAGCAGACCUCGACACCUGGCGCGAUGCGGGAGAAGAUGUGCGCAGUCGUUGCGGAUUCUGUAACUCCUCUCUACCCACCUGGGGAGCACGUGCAAACCACCUUGCAGUCCAUUUCAAGAACGGCUCUCAUAUGGAUCAAUGGGUAGGUGACUGGGGGUUUGACUCAUCGGUCUUGAGCUUCUUGAGAAAUGGAGUUCUGCCGUCUCAGAGGGCUUUCACGGACUUGCUUGAUACAUGAUCUUGUUACAAUUUAUGAGUUAUGUACCUUAUGCGACCAAUGUUUGAUCAUUUACAUGACAUUGAAGAUGAACUCAAUAUUCUAUUCUUUUAUAAAGAACUCUUUUAGUAGCAAAUAGUGGUCGAAUGGACUGCUGAAAUAUGAAAUACCCC